AUCACUGAAUUAGUUAGGCUUAAUUUAUGUCGCUGGGGUGUAUGUUUGUUUGCAUUGUUCUUGUUGAAAACAAAUAUGAGUAUUUUCAGAUUGUCAACAUAGUAUCAACUCUGUUAUAAUGUCUAAGAGAGGUGGUCGUUCUCGUGGAUCCAGAAUAGUUUCACGAUUUAGAGGAAGAGGUCGUGGUCGAAUACGAACGCCGAGAUCAGGACGUGGUCGUGAGAGGGGUCGUUCAAGUCGUUCUCUUACUCCUCGUCAUUCAAAGGACUAUGACAGUGAACAUUCUAAAAGAGAACUUUCUCGGGAUGCAUAUUAUUCUAAGGAUUAUCCCGAUAAAUAUUAUGAACAUAAACGGCACAAUUCACGAGAAAGACAUUUUCAUAGAUCUAGAUCCAGAACAAGAUCUAGAACUUAUUCAAGAUCUAGAUCCCGUUCACGUUCACGAUCUAGAUCUAGAUCUAGAUCACGUCGUUAUUAUCCAGAAUAUCAUUCGCGCUCCAGAAGCAGAUCUUACUCACCAUUACCACCAUCAUCAUUACAUCAUCACCACCACCACCACCAUCAUCAUCAGCCUAGAUCACGUUCCCGCUCAAGAUCAUAUUCCCCUCAUACGCCUUCUGAAAGAAACAGUUCUAAUUUAUCUAGGAAAUAUAGUAAUCAAGAGAAAGGAAAUGUGGAAAUAUUGAGAAAACCAAUAUUGCAAAAUAGACAAGAAGAAUAUUCUGAAAAUCAAGAAUCUAGAAAAUUUUCCAAUAAUUCAAAUAGUCCUGAAUUAGUUAGAAAAUCAUUUCAAGAUAAGAGUGAUUUAGAAAUAUUUAGGAAAACAGAAAUAAAUAGGAAAAGAUCAAUUGAAAUUAAGCCACCUAGUAUCUGUCCAGAAAGAUUUAGCAUGGAAAAGGAACAGCUGAUACAUAAAGAAAUUGAAAAAAUAGAUGAUUCAGCAGAGAAAAAAAGUAAUAAAAAAGAAAUCCCAAUUAGGGAUUUACCAAUUUAUUCUGAUGAUGAUUCAAAAGCUAGUGAUAGUGCUGAGGAAAGUUUACCACAAAAGAAGUUUAAAAAAGAAGAAAGAUUUACAUUUGAAGCUGAUAUUAAUAAAGAUAUUAGGUCUCAGUUAUUGGAAAGGGCAAUGAUUGAGAAACGAAAAUUAGGUUUGGAAAAUCCAGGCACAUCUGAAAAAAGUUCUGCGUUAGAAGCACUUCAAUGUUAUAGUCCAGAAACACAUACUCCCUCUCCAUUUUCAGAACAUGGUUAUGAAGAUUCUAGAUCUUGUUUUGAACAGUUAUCUAAAAGAAAUCCAAGCAGUUUAAAAGGGAUUAAUAAACAUCCUUUAAAAUCUAUCUUAAAGUCUGGAAAACAAGAAAUAUUUUUAAGUCCAGUAAUAAAUAAACCAAAAGAAGAAAGUGAACAGCUACCUACAAUUCCUGGAUUAGGAUUUAGUUCCAUUGAAGAUGAAGAAAAAUUUUUAUAUGGAGAUGAUGAUGAUGAUGAUGAUGGCGACGAUGAUGAUAUGAAUAAUAAAAAAAACAGUCCGUAUAUUGAAGAGAUAAUUUCAACAAUGAAUAAAUCAGAUAAUUCUGAUCAACCCAAUAUUAAAUCAGAUAUUAAAUCAAACAUUAAAAGGAGUAAUUGGAGUGAUGAUGAUAAUAGUGAUGAAAGUAGUAAUUUUUCAACUAAAAUAUAUCAAGCAAAGAGGCAUAGAAUUCUUACUCCUAGCCCAGUUCGAGGAAUGCAAUAUACAUGUGAAGCAAAAGAAAAAGCUCUGGCAGAAAAAUAUAACAUGUCAGAUACAAUAGAAUUAAAAAUACCAGAAAAGCAUUGGAAGAAAUCAGAGAAUGUCUCCCCUCAAAUUUUGCGACCAAGUCCUGUAACAAGAAAAAUUAAUGAAAAAAGAAAUGAUUCAGAAUUUAAUGAUUUAAAAAUAGAAGAAAAAUUAAUUAUGAGUAAAAGGAAGGAUAUUUUGGAAGAGAAAUAUUCAAAAUUCCAAGGUUCUGAGAAAAAGUUUGAACAUAAUUAUGAAAAAGAAAGAGAAAAGUAUAUUGCUUAUGCUCCUAAAUCUAAUCUUUCUCACAAAUGGGAAAAUAAUUCAAUUAAAAAGGAAUAUAAACCAGAGAGUCAAGCAGAGUUUUCUUAUAUUUCUAGAAGUCCUGCUGAAAUUUCUUAUUUUUCAAAUAGUCCUUCAGAAAUUUCACAUUUGUCUAAAAGCCCAGCAGAAUUCAUUCAGUUUUCUAAAUCAAAAACAGAAUCUUCUAAUUAUAAGAGUAGAAGAUGGGAAUCUUUUGAAAAUAGUCCUAUUAGAGAUGACUGGGAUUAUUAUGAAAGACAAAGAGAAAAAAGUAAUUUUUUAUCAGAUGAUAGGAUGAAAGAAAAACAAUGGAAUGAAAAUAUACGGUAUAAAUCACUUAAUAGGAGUCCUGUAGAAAGAUCAGAAUGGGAUAAAUAUCAAGAGUAUUUGCAUAGCCCACAAAAAUCAUUUGAAAGAAGUCCUCCAAUGUCUUAUCAUAAUAGGAGUCCUAGAAAAUCCUAUUAUGAUAGGAGUCCUUAUAUCUCCCCAACUAAAUGGAGCCCUAGAAGAGAGGUAAGUCCAAAGAGAGAGCUGGAUGAUUGGGAAAAAUGCCAUAGAGAAAGAGAGAGGUACCACAGAUGGCAUAGUCCAAGAAAUAGUCCUAGACGUAGUCCUGUUCACAGUCCUAAUAUUUUAAAAGAAAAUGAGGAACAAUGUUGGGAAAGGGAGCAUUAUGAGAAAUCAUAUUCCUCAUCUGAAACUUAUAAUACCCAUUUAACAGAUUAUGUAACAGCACAAGCACAAAGUUCUAGCAUUGAUAAUAUAAUUGGAUCUACUUCCUAUACACAAAAUGAACAAUCAUAUUAUCCUAAUCCAAAUAUUCCUUCUAAUAUAUCUGUUCCUAGUUAUCCAGCUGCUGCUUUUGCCCCAUCUACAUUUCCAUCUAAUUUUCCUCAACAAUUUAAUAUGUAUACUCCUGUUACUUAUCAACAAGCACUUCCUUAUAUAAAUCAGUUUCCAUCUCAUGUUCCAUGCACAGCAACCACCACUACUACUACUACUCCAUCUCAUAGUAAUCUAAAAGUUAUACCUCUUGAAAAUGAAACAAGGAAAACAACUUUUGUAACUAUCUCUGAUGAUGAAAACAAGCAUAAAAUUGAAUCCUCAACUGAUUUUUCAAUGUUUUCUGCUGAAGAACUUCUAAGUAAAAAAGCAGAGAAAAAAAAACAUUUAUUUUUACUUCAAAAAGAAAUAGCAAAAUUACAAAAAAUGCAGGGUGAAAUGAUGCGUAAAAAGCAAAAAGAAAAAGAUGGUCAUAAAGAUGCUCUUAUAGUAGAGAAUACCAAAUUACAAGAUGAAGUAAACAAACAAAUUCAAGAAGCAAAAUCUGGAUUGUUUGAAAUAAAUAAAGCUUUAACUGCAUGUGUUAAAAGUAAAGUUGAACCAGAAGAACCACAGAUUCUGAAAGGUGUUCAGUUUUUGAUGCCAGUGGAAGGUUUCUAUUGCUCUCUGUGUAAAGAAAUUAUGGCUGAUGCAACUUGUGCUGAAGAUCAUCUUAAAAGCACAUCACAUAACAGGAAUUAUACAAAAUAUACUCUUUUAAAUCCAUUUUAUGAAAGAAGAUGGAAUCUUGAUAAAACAGCAGGCAUAGCUCGAGCUGAAAAAGAAGAAAAAAAAAGAUUAGUAUUGGAGAAAGAAGAAAAGAAAAGACAGCAAAUUGAAAAUGAAACUAAAAUGAAAAAGAAGAGAGAAGCUGAAAGGCGACAGAAAGAAAUUGAAAGUGCAAAAGAACGUGCAAAAGAACAUGCUGUUGAAUGUGCUACAGAACGUGCUAAAGAGUUAAAAAAGUUGUCAAUAGAUACUACUAUUAUACCUCCAAAAGAUGCCACUCCAAAUAAAACAGACGAUAAAGAUAAACCAAAAGGGAUUAAACUAACUCUUCUUAGUGAUAAGGGAAAACUUAAUAAACAGAAGAAAGACAUAAAGACAACUCAAAAAGAAACUAAAGCUGUCCCAGUAAUUUUUAUAGGAAAAGCACCAAACUUUAGAUCAGCUUUAGUAAAUAAGCAAGAUCCAUCUGGAUUUGGAAAAUUCAAUUGGAAGAAAAAAGAUGAAAAAGAAAAAAAAGAUGAGAAAAUUGAAAAACAAAUUCCUGUGAAAAAGAAUAAUACUAAAUUUAAGAAAAAUGAAAAAGAUAAAGAAGAAGAAAAUGAAGUAAAAGUAACAAUUCAGCAAAGUAGUUUUCCUUUAAGAAAGAAAAAGAAUCAAGCACAGCCUCUUGUUGUAUAUGGACCUGAACCUAUGCCAGAAUCUUAUGAACAGAAACCACAUCUUAAUGAUGUUGAUAAAGCAGAUGAUGAUGGUAUAUUGCCUUCUGCAAUGGAUAUUGCUCAAGCAUUUGCUGGAAAAUUUGAAGAAAAGCAACCAGCUAAAACAGAAUUAAAUGAAUCAUGUAUUGAUGUAAUAAAUGAUGAUGAUGAUGAUGAUGAUGAUGAUGAUGAUGAUAAAAAUAUUGAAUUUUCUAUUUUAAGAGAAAAUUCAUCCACAGAGAAAGAAACUUUUCAUUAUCCAUUUAAACAGAUACAUUUAGAAUCCGAAACUUUAGAAAAACAUGAUAAUUUUAUUGAUGAAGAGACAUCUAAAAUUUCUGAAAUAAGAGUAAUUAAAGGAAUUUCAAACAUAAAUGAAGAAAAAACAGAAAAUCAAACUAUUCUUCAGCCUGUACAAAUUACAGUGACAGAAAAAAUAAAAAAUCCUGUUGAGUUAACCCUCAUAAAGGAAACUAAAAAGAAUGAAUCAUACACAGAUUCUAAUAAAGAAAGAUAUGAUUGUAAAUUUGAUAAAGAAAAAAACACAAAGCAUGAUGUAAUUAUCAAAUUUGAUAGCAGUCCAGCUACUGAAAAUAAUAAAAUUGAAGAAUCUCUUAUUGAAUUUAAAGCUGCUAUAGAGGCUUUAGAGAAAGAAAGUAACAAAUUUAUACCAUGUGAGGAUAUUGAACAUAAUUCACAAGUUGAUUGUGACAAAAUUGUUGAUCAAGAUCAUAAUCAUAAAAGUGAAUCUAUUAAUAUUUCAGAAGAAAAAUGUAGUAAUGAUUGUAAUAAUGAAAACAAAAUAAUUAAUCAGCUACAAUCUACUGAAUGUGAACUAGAAUCAAGUGAUAGCAAACUUUUUCAGAAAGAAAAACUAAUUACUGAAAUGGAAAGCAAUUCAAAUAUCAGUUCAAUUGCUAUAAAUAAUGAAGUUAUUUUAAAAAAAGAAAAUAAUAGAGACAGUUUUGAUUCUGCAUUAGUUUCUUCAUUUGAAGAAAAUAAAAAAUAUGUUCAAGAUGGAUUGUCUAGUUGUGAAAAAUUAAUGUUAAGAGAAUCAACUGUUAAUAUUAAUUUAGAAAACAUUUCAGAACAAAAACCAAAUGAAUAUAAAAUACCAUUAGGGCAAGAAUCUGAAACAGUUCAAAAUUUACCAAAAAUAUCUAAUGAAGAACAUGAAAUUGUUCAUCAUAAAAUUAAUUUUGAAGAAAUGCGUAGUAAUAACACAAUGUUAUCUGAAAAUAAAAUAUCUGAAAAAGUUACAGAUAAUUCAGUUUUUAAACCUUGUAUAUCUAACAUUUCAUGCAUAAAAAGUAAUGACUUUGACCUAGUAGAAACUAGUGAUGUCAUUAAUGUUAUUAUUGAAGAAUCAUCCAAAUCAAUGAAUAUGGAUUGUGAUGAUUAUUCUGUUGAUAAUGAUAACUCCAGUUUAAGAGAGAAUAAUAAAAAAUGUAUUUUGCAAAAGGAAGUUAGAAUUAUUAGUGAAAGUGCUAAAGAAAUUUCAGAUGAUAACAUAAAAUAUGUAAAUGUUGACUCAAAUAGAGAAGAUAAUGUAAACUUAAUAGAAAUAAACAGUGAAUCAACCCCUGAAAAAAUAUUGCAAGUAAAAACAGAUAGUAAUGCAAAUUCAAAUACAAAUUCAGAUUUACAUACAGAUAUUAAUUUUUCAAAUUCUGCAGAAUUAGAAAUUAGUUUAGAAUCUGAAUCAAAUCUAAUAUCUGCACAAACUGAAACUGAAUUAAGUAAUUUACAACAUGAAACAAUGGAAAUUGAUAAAAUAGAAGAAAUACCUGAAAAAAGUACCAUUUGUACACAAGAUAAAUCAGAAAAAGAUAAUUCUUUAAUAAAAUCAGAUAGCUGUUCUGAUAUAUCAUUUCAGUCAUCUGAGAGAAUUGAUCAAUUUCAUAAUCAAUCAAUAUCUAAAAUAUUAAUGAAUACAGACAUUUCUAAAAACAAAGAUAUUAAUAAUAAAGAUUCUUCAUUGCAAGUACUAGAAAAAACAAUAGAAGAGGCAAAACCAUUAGAAAAUAUGACAGAAUUUUCUAGUACAUUUGAAGAGAGAAUAAUAGUACAGACUUCUAAUAUAUCUGAAUUAAAUUUAAGAAAUGAAGAAAUUUGUAAUAAUGAAUUGAACAAUCAAAAUUCAUUUUCAAAUGAUUUAUCAACUGAUAAUGAAACAGAAAAAAACAAUAUAGAUUUGGACAUUGAAAUGCAGGACCAGUUACAGAAUUAAAUUUCAUUUGAAAAAUAUCCAAGUUUAUUAAAGAUAUAAUCUAUCAUAUACUUUUAAAAUGAAAUCUGUGAAGAUUCAUUUGCACCAACAUCAUUUAAUAGUUUAUCAACAAGCUGUGAAUAUUAUUUGUGAUUUCUUUUCUUAUCCAAAUGAUUCAUUAUUAUUGUUGUAUAUUGGUGUGGUAAUAUUGCAAUUUUUCAUAAAAGGAAAUGUUCAAGUAGUCAGUCAUCAUAUAUAUUGAAAAGAUGGAGUAACAUAAUUGUGUAUCACUUAUAAUUAUGUUAUAUAGACUUUUUUAAAGUACUAUGAUAAAGUAUAGUUUCAUGUAUAAUGUACAUUGCUGUUUAAUAAAGCGUGUUUUGCUGGA